GAGAAGACUGGCUUACGCGUUGCAACGCGUAACCCACCCUACCUGCUCUCCUGUCGCCACUCGUUCGCCUUCCGUUCUUUUCUCCUGCUUAUCCGCAAUAUUUGGGUGUGUACGUUUGUGACUCACGUAUCGACUUUUCUCCCAGCCAACUUCGAAUAAGCAGGGUGGGUUUAAGGCACACCCAUCAUCCAGCUAAGGCAUUGGCCUGCAAUUUUGGCGAAUCGAAAUUUUGUCAACGAUGUCACAUCCGCAAAAGUUGGAGCGCAGAAUCACAGAGCAGUUGGCAACGCUGCUGACGUUGGCUGGUGAAAAGGUGGCGGGGCUUAGACGUCGACCAAUCACAAGCACUAUUCGGAUCUCCCCACGUCGCUCCCCGCGGUCGUGCCGAAGCUUGAAAAUCUGUAACGGACGCCGCUUCCAGGGCAUAUUCGUUUCUGGGCUCUCGUGACGAGUUAGCGUGUAUCUCGUCGUUAGUUCGAUAAUCGCAGUAUACUUCGAAAAAGUCCAGAAAACUACCGAGCAACAUGAGGGAAAUCGUCCACAUUCAAGCUGGCCAGUGCGGUAACCAAAUUGGCGCAAAGUUUUGGGAAAUCAUCAGUGACGAGCAUGGCAUCGACCCAACCGGUACUUAUCAUGGCGAUUCCGAUCUUCAAUUGGAAAGAAUCAACGUAUACUAUAAUGAAGCAUCUGGAGGAAAAUACGUACCACGUGCCAUCCUCGUCGAUUUGGAGCCAGGCACAAUGGACUCUGUUCGCUCGGGACCUUUCGGUCAAAUAUUUAGACCAGAUAAUUUCGUGUUUGGACAGUCUGGAGCUGGUAACAAUUGGGCAAAAGGUCAUUACACCGAAGGUGCCGAAUUAGUAGACUCUGUCCUUGAUGUAGUCAGAAAAGAAGCCGAAAGCUGUGACUGCUUACAAGGUUUUCAAUUGACUCACUCUUUGGGCGGUGGUACCGGAUCCGGUAUGGGAACGUUGCUCAUCUCCAAAAUUCGCGAAGAAUAUCCUGAUAGAAUCAUGAAUACAUACUCCGUCGUACCGUCCCCUAAAGUAUCAGAUACCGUCGUAGAACCAUAUAAUGCAACACUUUCCGUACAUCAAUUGGUAGAAAAUACAGACGAAACUUACUGCAUUGAUAAUGAAGCUCUUUACGAUAUUUGUUUCCGCACUCUGAAAUUAUCUACGCCUACCUAUGGUGAUCUGAAUCAUCUCGUUUCUCUUACGAUGUCUGGUGUUACUACUUGCCUGAGGUUCCCUGGUCAAUUGAAUGCCGAUUUGAGAAAACUCGCUGUAAACAUGGUACCGUUCCCUCGUCUUCACUUCUUCAUGCCAGGAUUCGCACCACUCACAUCUCGUGGCAGUCAACAAUACAGAGCUCUCUCUGUACCCGAGCUAACUCAACAGAUGUUCGAUGCAAAGAAUAUGAUGGCAGCCUGCGAUCCUAGGCACGGAAGGUAUCUCACAGUAGCAGCCAUUUUCCGUGGCAGAAUGUCGAUGAAAGAAGUCGACGAGCAAAUGCUCAACAUUCAGAACAAGAACAGCUCUUACUUCGUCGAGUGGAUCCCGAACAACGUAAAAACAGCUGUCUGCGACAUCCCACCCCGUGGUUUGAAGAUGUCCGCUACCUUCAUCGGCAACUCGACAGCUAUUCAAGAGCUGUUCAAACGAAUCUCCGAACAGUUCACUGCUAUGUUCAGGAGGAAAGCUUUCCUUCACUGGUACACCGGCGAGGGUAUGGACGAGAUGGAAUUCACCGAGGCCGAAUCGAACAUGAACGAUUUAGUUUCGGAAUAUCAGCAAUAUCAAGAAGCCACCGCAGACGAAGAUGCGGAAUUCGACGAGGAACAGGAAGCAGAAGUCGACGAAAAUUAAACGCCUAUUCUCUAUUCUACUCUACUUACUACCUACGAUUCAUCCCCUCAUCAUUGUCCCCUUCGCUCUCGUACUGCUUCUUAACUUUAUGCGUUUAUGUCUUUCUUUCCUAUUCCAUCUUUUUUUUUUAAUUUCUUUUUUACAUUCUGUGCAGGCGCGCUUUUUCAUCGAUUCACUCCUUGUAUUAUUCGAAUAAUUCGAGUAUUAUUCGAAUAAUACUUUUUUUUAUCAAACUUUUUUCUGUAUCGUUUAUUUGUUUCGAUUAUGUAGUUUGCAAAGCGCGUCUUUGUAUUCAGUGUAUAACCGCUCUAGCGGCUACCAUCAUCUUGAAUAAAUUAUUAUCAUAUAA